AUGAUUGACUUCACUUGUUUCCUCCAUCUCCCUCUGGAGCUCCAGGACAAGGUUUGGGAGGCUGCCAUCCCCCCGCCCGCUCCCACGGCGUUCCAUGCUCGACUGGUUCGUCAACCAAUGGGUCGCGCCGAGGACGGCUCCAUCGACAGCUAUAACGUCAAAGACAGAGUUCUUCUCUAUCGCCUUCCAGCCACUGGCGACUCCGAUCUUGCGGACCGCGACUGCGUCAUGACCACUCUGGCUAGCAUGCUCGUUACUUGCCGUCGCUCGUAUGCUGUGGCAACACGUGCUUACAGGUCCAUCAAGCCUCCCUAUCCCUUUCCUCUCCGAGGCCAAGAUUCCUUCGAUCCGUGCCACAUGGAAAUCGAUGCCGCCAACGAUCUGCUCAUUCUCGACACGGGAUGGCAGUGGCCGUGCCGUCUGAUCAGCACUAGCAGUGUGUUCCGUCUCCAGCUGCCGACUCCCUUACGCUUGCUGGCCCUCGCCUGGCCCGGUCCGAAUCGAGCCGGGGUAUCGGACGGCCGAAGUGCUUUCUAUUAUUCGGAAGCUCUCAACGGCCUGCUCACGUUGUGGGGCUCCCGCGCUCUCCGCACUCUGUACGUCGUCGUCGAUCCGGUGCAUUUGCGGGACGCCGAGAAGCCGUGGCCCGCCUCGGCCGAUCGUCCCUGGACUAACUCCUCCGACAACAAUACAAUUCUCGAGGAUUACUUGGCGUCAUAUGAUACCAGCUCAAGCAAGCGAACGGUCUUAUUCCGAGGUGGUGGCCGUCAGUACUUUGAGGUGGAGGCCGAGCAAGUGGCACGAUCGGGCGGUCUCGGGGAAGUCGUCGAGCUACUCGAAUCCGCCCGCAAGCGUUUAAAUCCCCUUCUUACCCAAGGCGUUCACCCGCCGCCUCAAGAACAUGUUAUUCAAGCAGUGGAGAGCGAACAGGCGCCAUGUAGGUGUGUGAUCCUCUCGUGGCAAUAA